AUGCACUCACAUACUAAUACGACCCCUGACGAGCAAGUAUCAUCCACCAAGCUAUCGAAUCCUAUGAAUGUUUUCUCCAUUGAACUACAUGGCACUGCUAACCCCUCCUCUUCCUUUCACACUAAAAUCGUACAGCCCACGGAACCUCAAGGAACCAUGCGGAUAGACUCUAUCUCCUAUAAUGACUCACGGAAUAUGAGUCUGGUCGGCUCCUCUGGUUUCGAACUUGUUAAUACGAAAGAACUUCAUCGGUUUGUGGCUUACUUGUUUUCAUUCUUGAAGAUGGAUGAUUUAUCGAUCGAUUUUGUUCCUGGACUUCGACUUUCGGUUAAUCUUUAUUCUCACUUUCGAAGCGCCUGGUAUUUUCUAUUUCGUCACAUCCCCACUGUUACGACUGGGGUCGUAUUUGCUUCCGCAGAACCACUUGAACAAUGUAGGGUGCCUGGCCGUUGCUCAACGUACCCGUUGAAUAAAGAGAUGAUUUCGGCUACGGGGAAUGUAGCUGGUAUUGUUUGGCCCAGUAUACUCAGUGAUCAUCUCUCAGCCGAUCAAGCUCCCUUCUGUCAACUGAGUAUCCACUUUGGAAGUACUGAAGAUCUUUCUCGAUUGCAAAUCCAUAGGGGUUUGUCUGAGGCUAUUACGUGUCAUCUUACUCUUAUCAAUCCAACCGACAGCCCACUCCUCAUUCAACCCAUCCUACUUGAUGACCUCCUUCCUAAAAGCUUGAACUACACUGAUAUAGUAGUACAGUUGCCAAUCAUUUCAGACGAGCUUUUUCGGGCUGCUCAUGUUCCAAAACACUUGACUAAGUUCCCUCACCAUCCAUCUCAGCGAACCGGUCGUUUCAUAGCUCGAUUCGAUGCAAAGAAUCGUGGACGUGUUUCGUCGGAAUGUUUGCAUUCAAUCAUGCAGGAUAAUAAUAAUCUACAGAAUCUUAUUUCUCCUACAUGCUGUCCACUAUACACAUUGCCACCACGAGGCGAACUAAAUUACUCAAUCACCUUCACACCGGGAGCUUUUCACAACGAAAGCACUGGCAAACUCCAAUCUGGAUUCGACUCUUCUCUUCUGCUUUUACGAAAUAACCUAACUGCUCUUGACACUCUCCUACUCCAAACUGUAACGCCGACAGCUGCAGUUGGAGUUCGUUAUGAAAUUAUUCACUCAAGAACAAUUGAAGGAGGGUCUUUCGAUGGCACUAUGAACUUUAAUCCGUCACUCAAUAGUGCGACAUGUGAGAGUACUCCCUUGGCUGAUAGCAUCGAUUUGGCCAGAUACAAUCUCCUGAGAGAAGAUGGAAAACCUCUCUGCCCAAUUGCUGCGGCUCAAAGUGGAGCAAAUCUCUCUCUGUGUAGGGUUUCUACCACUUUUCUUAACUCAUCAACACCUAAUGAAUCUGUUUUCACAUUCACCUUCCACGAGGCCCACCUUAAGUCACUUUGUGCUGACGGUUCAAAUCGCCCCCAUCCCUCCAUUACACAUGUCAUAGAGAGCAUGAAGUCGACGUUUCCUUUUGGCCUUCUUCACCGUCUCCUCACAAAAUGGCCAGGUUUUAAUCCCACUAUUGACUCAUCUAGAUCUUCGUCCAAUGUCCAGCUCCCAUGGGCUGUUGACAAAGAAGGGUCGCCUAUCUUUUCUUCAGACUUCAGUUCCGGUCUCGUCUUAUCUCGUCGCAUUGCUCUCUUCAACCCGGCCUCUAUGCCAGUGUGGAUAAUGCGGUUAGGUUUUCGACAGUCUGGUGGUGUUGGACACACUCCUACUAUGGGGCAAUGUGAGCCUCAUCUCAAUGGCUUUUCUCUAACACUCUGUAAUAAGCCUGAAGACCCUGCACAGUCCACACAAAAGACUAUUGAUGGAGCUAUAAGAGAAUUUGAGCUCAAACCCGGCGAUCAGCGUUGGUUAGAGGUGCUCUAUGCACCCGAUUUCCUCUAUUCUGAAAUCAAUGUGGAGUUGUGUCUCUUUGCCUCAUUGAAAUCUCCCUCUUCUGGGAGGCCUGUAUGGCUGAGUAGACGAAUGCUUGACCUUGAAUCUGUGCUAUCGAACCACGGAUGCAAUAUGGGCAAUGGCAGUGAAUGCUCAGUCUUUCAAUUGGAGCCAAUUCCAAUGACUGCUAAGAUCAUGCCUUCGCUCGCUCGUCUCUGUUACAACUCUCUCAUUAGACCUAGUUUUGAGGAAACGCUCUGGUAA